GAUGGGCCGCUAUUCAGGAAAGACAUGUCGUCUGUUGACAAUGCUAUCAAUGACGGCCUCCUUCUUUCUGGUGGAAAUCAUUGUCGGCUAUGUCACUAACUCCAUUGCUCUUGUCGCAGACUCGUUCCACAUGCUGUCAGACGUCGUCUCGCUUAUAGUAGGAUUCGCUGCAGUAAGGAUUUCCAAGUGGACGACUGAAAAGAACACGUAUGGUUGGGUGAGAGCCGAGGUGUUGGGUGCCCUGGUCAAUGCCGUGUUUCUAGUCGCUCUCUGCUUCUCCAUUCUUGUUGAGGCUCUCAAGCGUCUGGUCGAGGUAGAAGAGAUAGAUGACCCGAAAUUGAUGCUCAUCGUUGGUGGCUUGGGACUUCUUAUAAAUCUAAUUGGAUUAGCCCUCUUUCAUGAUCAUGGUACAGAAUUAAUUUCUCUUUCUUACAUAAUUUUUUCCUCAAUGCUACCUGGUAUUUAUUCUCUGAUAAUCUGUAUUGAUCACAACUUUUGUAUCCAUAUAGACGGUCCAUCGAGUGCACAGCUGAACAUGAGGGGGGUGUUUCUACAUGUGUUGGGAGACGCCCUGGGGUCGGUGGUUGUUGUCGUGUCUGGACUGGUCAUCUGGUUUGUAGAAGACGACUGGAAGUAUUAUGUGGAUCCUGCUAUGAGUGUUGUCAUGGUUAUUAUCAUCCUCUGCACAACUGUACCAUUAUUGAAAGAGUCCGGGUAUAUACUUUUACAAGCAGUGCCUGAUCAUAUACAACUGGAGGAAAUUGAGAACAAAUUAAAAAAGAUUGAAGGAGUAACAGAAAUACACGAGUUCCAUGUAUGGCAGCUAAGCGGCAACAAACUGAUUGCAUCUGUACACAUCCCAAUGCAAACUGUUAAUGUAGAGGAGUUUGAUGUCAUUGCUGUGAAAGUCAAAAAAGUGUUCCACACAGUUGGGAUUCAUUCCUGUACCAUACAGCCUGAAUUUGGGGAG